AUGUCGUCUAAUAUAAUCAACAUUACGAUUUCCGCUGCUGUUCUUGGCGGUUUUUAUUUAUACUCUCCAGACUUUUUUCCUAUAAUAGCUGCACUUGUUUCUGUUUUAUGGACUGCUUUCGGAAUUAAGCUUUUAUUUUUUAAUAAGUCAAAAGGUCUUCCAAUUGGGCAGCAUAUUUCAAUACGAGCGGAGAUUGAUGGAACUCCGAUUCAACGUAGUUACACACCAACAAGUUCCGAUGAUGAUAUUGGACACUUUGAUCUUGUCAUAAAGACUUAUCCAAAUGGCAAUAUAUCAAAAUGGAUCGAUGGUCUUGAAGUGGGACAAAUGAUUACUGUUAAGGGUCCUAAAGGCAAAUUUAUAUACAAACCAGGCUUAGUGAGAGCUUUAGGAAUGAUUGCUGGUGGUACCGGUAUAACACCAAUGUUACAGAUUAUCCAAGCAAUUUGCAAAAAUCCAGCAGAUAAGACGCGUGUCAGUCUUAUCUUUGCAAAUGUAACUUAUGAUGAUAUUCUUCUAAAAGACGAGUUAGAUUCUCUCGCUGCUAGUCACGAAAAUUUCACUGUGUUUUAUUCAUUAGAUAAACCUCCAGAAGGUUGGACAGGUGGAUCCGGGUUCGUUACUCCUGAAGUUAUACAAAAAUAUUGUCCAAGUCCUUCUGAUGAUAUAAAGAUAUUGUUAUGUGGUCCUACUCCUAUGGUUAAUGCCAUGGCUAAACAUUGCGAAGCCUUAGGAUACAAUAAACCCAGAACUAUUUCAAGAUUAGAG